AUCAUAGCUCAGUUGCUGUCUACGGCUGUUCGUGGAGCACAAAGUGCUUCGUUAAUGGCAACAGAAUCAACUCGUCCUAAACGUUUAAUUGAUCCAUCUCCAGUUAGACAUGGAUUUAUACCCGAGGAAUGGUUUCAAGCUUUCUAUUCAAAAACUGGUGCUUCAGGACCAUAUGUAUUUGCUAUAAGUGUGGGCACUUAUUUAGUUUCCAAAGAAAUUUAUGUCCUGGAACACGAAUUUUACAAUGGAAUAUCUCUAUUCAUAAUAUGUGUAGCAACUGUAAAGCUAUUUGGUCCAAAACUUGCUAAGACAUUGGAUGAAGGAAUAGAUAAAUAUCAGAACGAACUUGAUGAUACUAGGAACAAUGAAAUAGCUGAAUAUGAAGAUCUAAUUUUGCAUGAAAAGAAAGUACAGUCAAGCUUGGAUGGACAGAAAAUGAUAAUGGACAUUAAAAAAGAAAACAUUAAGAUGCAGCUGGAAGCAACUUACAGAGAACGCUUGGUGCAGGUCUACGAAGAGGUGAAGAAGCGUCUUGACUAUCAAGUGCAAAUACAAAAUCUCGAACGCCGAAUUGCACAGAAGCAUAUGGUGCAAUGGAUUGUAAAUGCUGUACUGAAAUCUAUCACUCCUGAACAGCAGAAAGCAACUCUUCAGCAAUGUAUCAAAGACCUUGAAGCUCUUGCUGCAAAAGCAUAAAGAAUUGUAAAAUUAGAUGAAAUAGAAAUAAGAUGACAACAUCAUAAAACAAUUGUCAUCAAACAGUGUACUUGACUAUUAAAUAUUGUUUUCAAACAUUCAAAAUGGUCAAAAUAUUAUAAAUAAACUCCAUAUUGGAACAGUAAACAUAAAUCAAUCAAUACUACACUAGCAGCAUUAAGAAAAUUGUAAAAUUUAUCCAAAACAUUAGUUUUAUAAAAUGGUAAAUUGAU